CAUGAGUUGAAUAUCCACUUCUGAUCGACCUUGCCUUGACACCUAAACUGAAGUACUUCAUUGUGAAACCUACCAACUACAACAUCUUUCGAAAAUGACUAUGAACACAGUUCUUAAAUGUUUUUCUCGUGGUUACGCUACGACCGCUCCCCGCGCUACGGAUUCUCUUCAAAACCUUUACAUUUCUGCUUUGAAAUCUUACAAACCCAAGGCUACUCCCCCUGCUGCUGCUGUUGAAGCAAAGGAAUGGGCAAUGCCUGCCGCUCCUACCGCUCCCAACUAUGAUCUCGAUGUUUCCUCUGCUUUAGAUUCCUACAAGUACGAGGGUGAAACUAUUGCUGCCAAGUCAUCCCAACAAGGUGAAAGCUUGGACUUUAUGGAAAUGUAUACAAAGGAUGAAGUAGCUCCCGCCGCUGAGCAUUAAGAUGCUUGAUUUGCUAAUAACCGUUUUGAUGCAAUUUUCUUCUUUCAUAAGGCGAUAAUUGAUUGUUUAACCUACAACGUCGGAAGCCUAAUCCUUCUCUUGACUUCUUCUCGACUAAAUACUUUCCCCUUCUCAUUCUACUUUGAUUCAGGUUUUGUUGAAUUUUGAGAAGUUUAUAUGCCGAUGUUCCACAAUUGGCCAAUUCUAUCUAGCAAACAUAAAUGGUACUGUUCUUGUACUCGUUCUUCUAACCAUGUUACAAACCUUGAGUGUCUCUAUAAUCAGAGAUCGCAUGGAGACGAAGAUGGUCAGUUCAGUUUCGUUUCAACCAGUUCAAAGUACUUUGAACAGAAUUUAUGCUAGGAUCCAACUUUCUCAAAUACAAC